ACGAGAAGAAGAAAGACAAAGAAUACGAGGAAGAAAGAAUAAAAGACAAUGAUAAAAUUGAUAGUACACGACAGGCGAAAUCAAACGAGAUGGAUGACCAGCUGAUAAGACUAGAGAAGGAGACUAAAAAAUUAGAGGAAAUUACUAAGCUACUUCAAGAAAAUAUUAGUGAACAAAAUAGAAGGGAAAAGAGACUAGAAGAAAAAAUAGAAGAACAGACAACAGUGGUGAGACAAGUGUUGGAGGAGAGACGAUCCUAUGCCAAGGUGGUAACGAGCGGAAAAGAAAGAAGCGAGAGGCCAACCAACGCAAAACACGGUGUUAACAUGGAGAACAAACGUGUGGAGCUGCACUCCAUGAUAAUAGCAUCACGAAAUGAAAAGGAAACGGGAGACCAAGUAAUAAAUAGAAUCAGGGAAGCCGCAAAUGUUAAAAAGGGAGGCAUUAGAGUGGAUAUGAUAAGAAAGAUCAAAAAUGGAAAAGUAAUAAUAGGAUGUAGAGAUCUAGAGGAAAAGGAGAGACUCAAGCAAAACUUAGAGAGUGAAAAUGAACACCUGGAAGUAAAAGAAGUCGAAAACAAAGACCCACUAAUCAUCCUUAAGAAUUUGCUGAAUUACAAUACAGAAGAGGACAUAAAGCAGGCAAUAAGAACACAAAAUAGGAAAAUAGUAGAACACAUAAGAGAAGAAGACUGGAGGAUGACCGAAAAAUACCGUCGCAGAGCGAGGAACCCACAUGAGGGUCAUGUCAUUCUUCAAGUCUCACCAAAACUAUGGCAAGCUUUGACUAGUGCAGGAAAAGUGCAUGUGGACCUUCAAAGGGUGUGGGUUGGGGAUCAGUCCCCCCUGGUGCAGUGUAUGAAAUGUCUGGGAUAUGGCCAUGGGCGUAAGCACUGCACGGAAGAAGACGAUUUGGCCUGUGCCUGUGCCUACUGUGGAGGAACCCACAUGCAGGAGAAAUGUCCUAAAUAUAAAGCAGAUGAAAAACCCACCUGUAUAAACUGCAAAAGGGUUGGUCUCGAGAGACAAGACCACGGAGCCUUCGACGUGCAUUGUCCAGUAAGGAAGAGGUGGGAAAGUUUGGCCAGAAGCAGAAUAGCUUAUUGCUAAGGUCCAGCAAAAGGUUAAACCGAUAAAAAUAGUGCAGGUUAACCUGCAAA